AUGGGGCCUCCGGCGGGCCGCUUGCGGGGCUCCUUGGCGCUGCUCACCGACCUCUACCAGUUCACCAUGGCCUACGGCUACUGGCGCGCCGGGCGGCACCGCGAGCCGGCCGAGUUCGAGCUCUUCUUCCGCCGCUGCCCCUUCCAGGGCGGCUUCGCCCUCGCCGCCGGCCUCGGCGAGUGCCUCGCCUUCCUGCGCGCCUUCCGCUUCUCCCAGGCAGAUAUUGAGUAUCUGGAGUCAGUCCUUCCCAUUACUACGGAGAAAGCUUUCUUUGACUACUUGCGCACCGUGGAUGCAUCUGAAGUCUCCGUCUCAUCGGUACCAGAGGGCUCUGUGGUCUUCUCCAGGGUGCCGAUCUUCCAGGUCAAGGGCCCUUUGCUGGUGGUGCAGCUCCUAGAGACCACUCUUCUGUGCUUGGUGAACUAUGCCAGCCUCGUAGCUACGAAUGCAGCCAGAUUCCGGCUAACCGCUGGCCCAGACAAGAAGCUUAUGGAGAUGGGGCUGCGUAGGGCCCAGGGACCAGAUGGCGGGCUCUCGGCUUCCAAGUACUCCUAUGUGGGCGGUUUCGACUUCACCAGCAACGUCCUAGCAGGGAAACUCUAUGGGAUUCCAGUGCGGGGCACCGUGGCCCAUUCCUAUGUGUCUUCCUUCACUUCGCUGGCCGAGGUGAACCCACGGGUAUGUACUGGGAGGAGACAAGCUGCCGGGAGGGAGCCGGUGGACUUUCUUCCCUUGUGGAGGCUUGGCCUCAGCAAGGUGUGCCAGUUACUCCAAGUCCCCCUGGAGCGAGUAAACUGUGGGGAGCGGGCGGCCUUUGUGUCCUACGCCAUCACCUUCCCUCACAACUUCCAGGGCCUGGUGGACACCUACUGCGUCAUGAGAAGUGGCAUUCCAAACUUCUGCGCCGUAGCCCUGGCGCUGAACGAGCUGGGAUACCGAGCCCUCGGCGUACGCCUGGACAGCGGGGACCUGGCCCGGCAAUCGGUGGAAAUACGGCAGGUGUUUCGGACCUGCAGCACGCGUUUUCAGGUUCCCUGGUUUGAACGGGUCCCCAUCGCAGUGAGCAACGAUGUGAGCGAAUGGAGCCUCGAGGAGUUGGCGCAGGAGGGAAAUGAAAUUGACAUGAUUGGCGUUGGGACUCACCUGGUGACGUGCCCACUGCAGCCUUCCCUGGGUUGUGUCUACAAGCUGGUGAAAGUCAAUGGCUGCCCACGACUGAAGGUGACCGAAGAUGAAGAGAAGACCACUAUUCCGGGAAGCAAAGUGGUCUACAGGCUUUGGGAUGCUGCUGGGUUCCCACAUAUGGACCUCAUGGCCUUGGAGGAAGAGGCUCCCCCUCGGGCCGGGGAGGAAGUUGAGUUCUGGUUGCUGGGAAGAACCAGAGAGGCUGGAAAGGUGACUCCCACCGCUGUGGAAAUCCUGCAUCGUCUGUACCUCAAAGAUGGGCAGGUCUUCCAGGCACUCCCCAGCCUUGACGAGAUCAAGAAGCACGCCCAGGCCUCCUUGAGCAAGCUCAGCCCCGCCCACAAGAGGCUGCAAGAUCCAGAGGCCUUCCAGGUCGCCGUGACCCAGAAGCUCCACAUGCUCCUUACUGACCUUCAGCGAGGCAGCCGGUGAAACACCAGUCUUCGCAAACAUCAACUUGGGACCAAACGCUGAGCAG